AUGCCAGAACGUUACUUGAAAAAUACUUUAACUCUUCCAAAUAUUGACGACUGUGAUCCCGCAAAAUUUGAAAAAUUUAUUAGAUAUGGUGUUGAGAAGAUUCUUUCGAAAUUUCCAGCCACUUACGAUAGUCGUUACUAUGAUGUAUUUGUUGGUUAUGGAGGAAUCGCUUUCAUGUUUUUUCAUUUACACCAGCUCUUUCCUGACCUAACAAUUGCUGGAGACAAAGUAUCUCUUUUAUGCUCCACGUAUCUAUCUGCCUCUUUAUCAGCAGUUCGCAAUACAUCUCCAAAACACUUAGGAUUUAUAGGCAGUCAUAUAGGACCACUUGCUUUGGCCGUGGUAUUUUAUGAGACCAUUGAAAAAAACACUCUUGAAUCUUUGAAAUAUCUUGAUAUUAUUCUUGAUAAAUAUCAUUCAUUAUUGAUAAAAGAAGAUUCAAAUGAGUUAUUAUAUGGUCGAGCUGGAUAUCUUUAUGCUUUAAUUUUUAUUCGAAAGUAUUGUAAAGAUAACAAGGAAAUUAUAUCAAGAAUUGAAAAUAAGAAAUUAAAAGAAAUUAUUGAGUUAAUUAUUAAAGAUGGUAGAGAUGGUGCAAAAAGAAUGACAGUUGAAAAUUUGGAGUCGAAGACUGUUGAUGACAAAAUUACAAAGCCAGCCUUAAUGUGGAGUUGGCAUAAUGCUGAAUAUAUUGGUGCCAUACAUGGUGUCGCCGGAAUCAUUUCUAUCAUCCUCCAAUGUGGUGAAUUAGCACAUCCUUAUCUGGAUGAAUUAUUUCAAACAACUGAAUGGCUUGCAGGACUAGUUCAAAGUAAUGAAAACUAUCCUGCACGUAUACAAUCAACUCAUGAUGAUCUCAUUCAGUUUUGCCAUGGAGCUCCAGGAAUAAUUGUUUCCUUUUUAAAAAUUUAUUCUUUAUAUCCAACACACAUAUUAUCCAAAAAUAUUCUUUCAAAUGUAAUUGCUAAAACUGAUUUAGUCUGGGAGCGUGGAAUUUUGAAAAAGGGUGUAACAGGUCUUUGUCAUAAUACCCUUGGUAAUGCUUAUGCUUUUUUAUUAACUUAUCUUGUUACACGAGAUGAAGUUCAACUUAAAAGAGCUUUAGCUUUUGGUUUGUAUGGAGGUGAAUGGGAAGUAAGAACUCAUAAAGGUGAAGCACGAGUUCCUGACCAUCCGUGGAGUCUAUUUGAAGGUCUUGGUGGUGGUAUUAUUUAUUGGUCUGAUUUGUUGUUUAUAGUGAAAAAUGUUAAGCAAUUAGAUAUAAAUAGUGAAUCAGUAGCACAAGGAAAAGUUAUUGGUUUUCCUUGUUUUACUGAUUUGUAG